AUGUGCCGCAUGGUCAUAUUCUCGGGCAAUUGCAUCCGCUGCGGCCAGUACUACACACUCCCCGAGCUGGAGCAGAGCGUGUCGUGUCUCGAGGCCAAGAACAACGGCGGCUUUGGCGACUGCAGGAGAGGAGUCAACAUGGACCAGCACGACCCGGCCCUGGAGUGCGCCUCGUGCAGCUACGCCAUGAGCCUCGCCGACGACCAGCAGCCUUACAACGACGACAUGUUGAUCCCAGCCUGCACCACCGCCGGCAGCGGCACCGCUAGCUCAGGCAGCAGCUCUUCGUCGAGCAGCAAAGGCUCCCACCACCACCACCACCACUCUAGGCACCACGAUAGCAGCAAGCGGAGGAAGGUCCGGUGA